UUAAGCUUUAUUCUAUAUACACACUGUCACGCAUCAACGGAAUUAUAUCCGAUCUCGGCUGUACAGAAAGGUGGCACAACAUAAAGCCAAAAAAAACACUUGGCAACGAAUCAAUCUGUCACCUUCAUUUUUAUCAAGUUGAUUCUGAUCUCAUCACGACAUCUAUAAUAUACGGAUAGCAAAUAUAUUUCAUCGCCACACACUUAUAAGUCAAAAUACGAAACAGGCGAAAUGCUUUUGGAAUUUGACUAAGAAUAAGCAUCAACUAGCAUCAACUGUCUCGUUCGCUAUACUGAGGACUAUCAAGUUUGAUUCCCAAUAAAGAUGACGAAUAUGCUACCUUCGAGCAGUUUUGAUGCAUUUUACGUUCAGCAUGCGGCCAAUAAUGCACCUGGGAACUUUGGUAGAACAUCGCAUAGUCCAUCAGCAUUUAGCACUUAUCGUGGCAACGUAGAAGGCGGAAGUGGAGAUUAUAUCAAUUAUGAUCAAGUAGGAUUACAAAACGUUGCUGGUCCUUCUGACCUAACACAACAUUAUCGUAACAAUAGUCAUCCAUCACAUCUACAUUCACACGGCAUCAUAAAUGGGCAUCACCAUCAUUCUCAGCCACAUCAACAAUUUUUCACACACAGUCAAGAUGAUGGCCAUCAGCUCGAUCAUUCUGCCGCACAUCAUUUACACCAUCAUCAUCCACAACAUAUCGCUUUAAACCCUUCUUCUGACCCUUCGACAUGGUCACCGGAAACGGCUGCAGCGAUGGCAGUUGCAACUGCUUCCGCCACUGCUUCUCCGCACGAAGAGCCAGGAAUGAAUCAUAGUUCACCUUGGGCAGGGUCCGUGUACCCAACGCAUUUGCAACAUCGAACGUAUUCAUCGGAUACUAUAAGUAACGGAUCCGCAAUCCCUUCUUCUUAUGGUGGUGUGGAUAAUAGUGCUUUGGUGGAUAGUGCAACUUUUGGAUUUGGAGCUGAUCAACCACUAAUGUCGCCGGUUGAUGCUGAUGAAUUAUUGGCUUUGCAUCAGUAUGAUCUUGAUAAUAUAGGUGACGAUAGUGGAAGUGGAGGAAUGACGAGACCAAAACCGAGAAAGAGACGUAGAACAGUAAAGCAGAAAGAUGAUGCUGGAGCGAGUGCACCUACAUCAGGAUUGGCAAAUGUAUACCAGCAAGGAGAUGAAGAAGAAGAGGAAGUCGACCGGAUAGGCGAAUUGGAUCUAAUAAAUAAUCAAGGCGACUAUACGGAAGAGGAUACAAAAGAUCACGUCGGGAUAGAAGAGUCCAUUCAUACUCCCGCCAGUGCAGAAACUGUAGGUGGGACAAAUGAACCGGGAGCUUUACAGCAAGGCAUGGAUGGAACGGAAGAUGAACCAUUGUACGUGAACCCAAAACAGUAUAAUCGAAUUUUAAAAAGACGAGAAGUACGUGCAAGGAUGGAAGAAAAACGAAAGCGAACGGAAGAAGCAAUUCGAACUGGAAAGUUGGUUAUACCCAAUGCAUAUACCCCAAAAUCAGGAGGCAAAAGAGCAAAAGAAAUUCCUUCAACAGAAGAUGGAGAUGAUAAAAAGACUUAUCAACAUGAAAGUAGACAUAAACAUGCAAUGCGUAGACCUCGUGGUCCGGGAGGAAGAUUCUUGACGGCAGAGGAAAUUAAAGCUAAAGAAGCAGCAGAUGCGGCAGCGGCAGAAGCAGCUCAAGCAUCCGAGUCUGCUGUCGCUCCCCCUUCGAUGAUUCAAGACCAUUCCAUCGAAGGCUUUGGUACUGAUCAAUCUGACAUCUUUAGCGGACAGGACAACGCCAAUCUUAUCCCACUUCAACAAUCAGUCACUUCACCACCUGCACCAUCAGAGGAUUAUUACGAUGACCUCUUGAAUCUAGAAUAGACUAAUUACUGCAUCUCACAAUUUGUACCUACUCCUGUAUCAUAGUGCAUCCCAUA